UUUUUUUUUUGUUUGUUUUGGGAAACUUUUGCCUGCUUGCGUUCAAUGAAGCUUGUCGUAAAAUAACGACUUUUAUGAGCCAAACGUUCGCCUCCAAAGUCAAGUCCAGCUCGUUGGGCGACGCUGGAGAGAAUAAAGGCGAAUAGUUAGCUCGGCGCGGCUAGCUGGCUGCAAUCAAAGCAGCGAGAAGACGUCAAGCGACCCUGUGAAAAAGUUUGCUUGGAGUCGGACAUUUGGACUUUCCUACUUCCUAUUGGCCGGCGGGAGCAAGCCGCGCCGCACGUCCGUUUAUGCAAAUCCGCCGAUCCCGAAUAAGGACGCGGAGGAAUGAAAGAUGGUGGCGGAGGCCGACAUGGAGUAGCGCCGCCUUUGUGAGCCACCGAGCGGGGGGACGGAUGUGCGGACUUCUGCUUCCUUCGGCCGUGGAACGUCGGGCUCGAGUCGCGGCUGCGAUGCGGAUCACCAAGCCGCUGACCUUCGCCGACUGCGUGGGAGACGAGCUCCCUCUGGGCUGGGAGGAAGUCUACGACCAGCAAGUGGGCGUUUACUACAUCGACCACAUCAACAAGAGCACCCAGAUCGAGAACCCGCGCACGCAAUGGCGCCAGGAGCAGGAGCGCAUGCUGAAGGAGUACCUGGUGGUGGCCCAGGAGGCCCUGAGGGCCAAGAAGGAAAUGUUCCUGGUCAAGCAGCAGCGCCUGGAGCUGGCUCAGCGGGAGAUGUUGCUCUUCAAGCAGAUAUCUGACGACCAACUCUCCAUCACCACACUCUCUGGUUCCGCCUCCAGCGCCAAACACGACCCUGACCAAAUCAAAGUGGAAGUCGCUUGUCGGCGAGAGCGGCUCUCCAGACUGAAGCAGGAGUUGGCGCAGGUGAGACAGGAGCUGCAAUACAAGGAAAUGGGCGUGGAGACCCUGCAGGAGAUCGACAGGAAGAUGUCGUGCAGUCACACCAACUACAAGCUGGACGAGGCGCAGGCCAUCUUCCACGAGCUGCGCAGCAUCAAGAAGACCAUCAGCUCGGGAGAGAAGGAGAGGCAGGACCUCAUCCAGAGUCUGGCCAAGCUGACCGUGAACUUGCAAGGCAGUCUGAGUGCGGGCGACUCGGCUGGGGAGGCGGGCAUCAACAGCGCUGGAGCGCCAUGCGAGCCGGGCGGCGCGCAGCAGCUGUACUGCGACUCUGGCUGCCAGACUGACAUCAUGGGCGAGGACUCCUCCCACCUGGUAGACAAAGUCAAAGUCAGCUGGCAGUACGAGGAGGCCAAGAAGAAGGUGCAGAGCAUCCAGCACCAGCUGGCGCAGCUGGACAGUGAGAGUUGGUCGGGGCGCGCUGAGGCCGAGCGGGACCGUGACUUAGUGCAGCUCCUGCGGGAGAAGGAGGUCCUCCUGCAGGAGCUCAGUCUGGUCAGCAGGCAGCAGCACGCACCUGACACCCUCACGCAGCUGGAGGAGGAGCGACGCCGCCUGGAGGACGAGGUGCAGAGAGCACACGCCUUGCAGAGCCAGGGAGCCAAUCAGAGGAUGCUGCAGCAGGAGAAGAGGAACGUGUUGCUGAGACAGUUGGAAGAAGCAACACGUAUUACUACUUAUAUACACUCACAGCUUAAAAGCAUGUCGGCCAGUUCCCUGACGGCGUCGUCCAGCAGCAGCCGAGGCUCGCUGGCCUCCAGUCGCGGCUCGCUGGCGUCCAGCCGAGGCUCGCUCAGCUCCAUCAGCUUCAGCGACAUCUACGGCGUCCCUCAGUACGAGCGCCACGACGGGGCGGCCGACACGCUGGAGCCGCACCUGCGCUACCUGCUGCCCCCGGAGGUGGUGUCCAGGGACUGCGCCUUGUACAGCCCGGAAGCCUUGGGCCAGAGCAAAGCCAAGCGCUCCCACGACACGCCUCAGUCGCUGGCGUCCUUGUCCUCGCGCUCCUCGCUGUCCUCGCUGUCCCCGCCCAGCUCCCCCAUGGACACGCCUUACCUCUCCGCCCCCCAGGACUGCCCCCUCACCCAGAUGACGGAGGAGUACAUGGAACAGGCGGGCCGCGGGCUGCUGGAGGGCCUGCGGGCGCAGUCGCAGAUGCCCUCACACGCCGCCAUCUUGUGCGGCGAAGACCCCGGGCACCUCGCUGACGGAAAGAACCACAGAGACGCCGGCUCUCAGGGCGCCUUCGGCGGAGUGACUCUACGGGGAAACAGCGCCAACAGAAGCAGCAGGAGGACCAGGAGAGUCUCCGCAGGCGUGUCCGAGGACGCCCUGGCGACCGACAGCGGCGUGUUCGAGGCGUGGGGCAGGAAGGCGGAGGAGUCCGAGGACAUGUCCUUCACCAAGGAGCAGACCAUCCCCAACGAGCCCCCGCAGAUCCAACUGGGCCUGCUGUGGGAGUCGGCCUCGCAGACUCUGCGUCUGCAUCUGCUCCAGCUGAAGAACCUCAGCAGGUCCGCCGUGAGGGACGGACACAAAGUCUUCGUCAAGGUGCACCUGAUGCCGCUGGACGUGGGCCGGGCCUGCGCCUUCUACUGCUGCACGGCGCUGGAGCCGCAGCCGCACGUCAGCUUCAAUGAAGGCUUCCGCGUCCCCGUGCCCGCCAACGCCUUGGCGGCGUGCGCCUUGCAGCUGUCGCUCUGCUCGCUGGGCCCGCAGGCUCAGGAGGAGCUCCUGGGGACGGCGCAGCUCGGCCUGGUGGACUGCGAAGGAAGUGCGGACAUGGUCUACCACUGGCUCAGGGUCCACAUGUUCAGCGGGGCCGCCGAGUCCCACAGAGCCGAACUGAGGAGCCUCAGCCAGCGGCGACAUCAGGAUGGAACCGAGGACGACCACAGACCCAGAGCUGCGGAGAGUGUGUGCACCCUGCUGUCUCGCACCAGCGUCCGCCUGGAGGAGCGCGAUGCGGACGCACUGAGGCUGCAGAAGAAAGAGGAGUCGGGGGAGGUGACGUCUGAGAGGAGCUGGCAGGCGGAGUCUGUGGACAGCGGCUGCAGCAACAGCACGGCGUGCGUGGAGGCUCUCUGCGUGGCCAGUGGAGGGCGCUGUGAGCGGCCCUCUGGGAAAUUGGCUGCUGUGAAGGUGGUGGAGAAGUCCACCAUGACGGACGGACACUUUCCAGAGCCGGUGCGAGUGCGACCCAAAGAGCGGGGCGGUCGAUGGGGUCACGCCUCACCCUUCAUGAGGGGCGGCGCCAUCGUGCGCUCGCAGACCUUCUCUCCUGGCGCCCGCAGUCAGUACGUCUGCAGGCUAUAUCGCAGCGACAGCGACAGUUCGACUCUGCCAAAGAAGUCUCCUUUUGUCAGAAACACUCUAGAGCGAAGAACUCUGCGCUACAAGCAGCAGCAGUCGUACGGCUCCUCCCUGGCCGAGCAGCCCACGCGCACCUCCUUGGACCUGGAGCUGGACCUCCAGGCCUGCAGGACGCGCCAGAGGCAGCUGCUGGAGGAGCUGAGCGCCCUGAGGGAGCUGAAGCUGCGGCUGGAGGAACCUCAGCUCAGCGAGGCCGGCGAGCUUCCUCACUGGGCCCUGAGGGACGAGCGCUUCCGCUGCCUGCUCAGAGAGGCCCACAGACAGGCGGGUCAGAGCAAGCAGGAGCAGCGGCAGGAGGAGGAGGCGGGCAGGAGGCUCAGGAAGGCGUCCAAGGAGGUCCUUCAGAUGAGAGGGCAGAGCCACAAGGAGCCACUUCCUGUUCAGACAUUCAGAGAGAAGAUGGCCUUCUUCACCAGACCAAGGUUCAACAUACCUCCUCUGCCGGCUGACGACGUGUGACGCACGCCGCGACUCCACAUGAAGUAUUGGAGCUACUUUCGCUUCCACUUUCCUCCCGCGCCACGAGCAGGACGAGCACGUGUGUCUGCGGCGGCCAAAAUGAUGAAGAAAGUCUUUCAUUCCUCGACUGUACUGUAACUUAUUUAUAGUACUCUUCCUUGAAGGACGGCAGAAAGGUCAAAGAAAGCUCCGAUAAAAAAGAAAACCGCUUCCUGCUUUGUACGCCUCUUUUGUAGCUUUGAACAAAUAGCACUUGAGUGUUGUUACUUAUCCUCCAUCUUUAAAGACAUAUUUACAUCACUUUGUAAUCACCUAUGACACGUGUCCUUAUUCCCACUUUCAUGUAUAACAUCAAACACUGUAUUCUUUUCUAACAUCUGCAGUGUUACCUCUUGUCAAAAUAAAAGCAUCCAAGCACAUCUGCAGUCUUACCUCUUGUCAAAAUAAAAGCAUCCAAGCACAA